CCUUGUUUCAGCAGUAGUCGGUCAAAGGUUAUAUUUUCGCAUUUAUGCCUGCACACGUAGGGUUUUUAGAGUGGAUAUUUACGAUUUUAAUGAAUACUAUUCACUGUUGAAUAAUGGCUAAGUGUUACCCGGAAAAGUUCACAGCUCCCCGACCACAGAGCGGAGAGAAAAAGCCGGGGCAGCUUCCGCAAGAGCAGUUAAAGCAGUUUUACGAGCAGGGUUACCUAGUGGUGGAGGAUUUCUUUAGGCCCGAUGAGCUGCAGCCGUGCCGGGACGCCAUCUCGAACAUGGUGGAUGUCCUCGCCAACAAGCUGUACGACGCCGGCAAGAUAACAGACCUGCACACUGAAGCGGGGCUGUUCCAGCGGCUGACCCUGCUGGAGAAGGAGUUUCCGGGCGCCAAUAUCCUGCUCUUCAAACACCAGAAAAUACCAAAGGCCUUCCGGGAUCUGUGGUGUAACCCCCGUAUACUGAACAUGAUGGAGCAGCUGAUUGGCCCGGAUAUCGCCGGACAUCCGGUCUGGAACAUGCGCACCAAGACUCCAAACAGCAAAGCUAUGGACGUACCCUGGCACCAAGACAGCGGCUAUUUCAGCGAGGAAUCGUACGAUCAUCUGAUCCCCACUGCCUGGAUCCCUUUCCUGGACGCCACAGAGGAGAAUGGAUGCAUGCAGAUGGCGCGUUACGGUCACCGGUUGGGGAAGAUGGGACGUCACACGUGUUGCCGGGGAGACACGUGGUUCAUUGACAUCUCCGAGGAAGAGAUGGCAUCGGAGCUAGGUGUGGACGUGGAGAAGGACUUGGUCACAGUACCCGUACCAUACGGAGGCUUUCUUCUUUUCUCCAACAUGAUACCACACAGAAGCCUCCGUAACUGCUCUAACGAUGUCCGUUGGAGUAUCGACUUGCGGUGGCAGUCUCCGCACGAGAACUGGGGUUUCUACGACAUCGCUGAGGGAAUUUCCUUCCGGUCCGCCGGCUGUGACGUCAAGCCGGAUUGGGACCGGUUCCUUGCUGUGGACCGGAAGGAAGUUUGGCAGAAAAAGUAUUUUAAACAGGUUGUUGAGUCAGACUGGUUUGAUACAACCGUGACUGGACCGUGGAUAGGCCGGUGGGAUGUCGUCAACACCAACAGACACACGCAAGCUUUCACGGACGGCAAGACCAAGGCAUAGGAGGAUAUGGGGAGCAUGUCGCCGUCGGUGUUUGGCAGGAUCUAUACCAAUGGACGAUUAUCAAAUAAUUGCUCCGUCGAUGCAUGUAUAAGCAUGAAAUCGCCGUAUAACCACUGAUGUCACUAUUACAGGUGUUUACAUAAACUAAGCGGGUCGUGUGAGACACCUUUUAACUCAUUCCAGAUGGAACGUGACGGGAACGUUGCGUAUAGACUUCCUAUGUCGUUGGUUUUCAUGCUUUCAGCACUGUCGUCUUUAUAAAUCCAACUUAUUUUGUAAAUAAUUGAGUAUUUAAAUAUGUAUUCAUAACUUUAUUUUUGAUUAACUAAUGUACAUGUAUACGGAAAUAAUAAAUAUGAAAUGGC